UUUGAAGAGACCACACUCACUCAUCACCAAUUGAGAUGAUUAGAUGAACUCCUAGCCUUAGCUUCUACUACUAUUACCCUUUCUAUAUCUUUUUUUCUAUAUUGGGUUAUGUAACAUUGAGCCAAGCCAAGCCCAUAAUUAGGAUUCUUUCAAUUUCAACUAGUCUUGAUAAAAGCUGCAAAUUUCCUCACUUUGAUAUCCAACCCUUUCUUCAGGGUCCCCUCUAUAUAAAGCCAAACACAACUCUCACUCAGUCCUUCACUCUCUCCCUGUGUGCUUGUGACUUCUAGUGUUUCAUUCAUCUUCCCUUGGCAAAUAGAGAUAGAUUGUGACUUGUCUGUCAGUGAGAUAUGGGAGAAGAGGCUUCUUCAACUGCCAUGGUUCAAGUGAGUGUGAGAGAGUUUGAUCCAAAUAAAGACAGAGAAAGUGUGGAAGCUGUUGAAAGAAUAUGUGAGGUUGGACCCAGUGGGAAGCUUUCCCUCUUCACCGACCUCCAUGGUGACCCAAUUACCAGGGUCCGCAACUCACCAACUUUCCUCAUGCUGGUGGCUGAGAUUGGUGAAGAAACUGUUGGAAUGAUAAGAGGUUGCAUCAAAACUGUUACAUGUGGAAAAAAGCUUCAAAGGCUUGAUAAAACCACAACCAAACAGGUCCCUGUUUACACCAAACUCGCCUACAUUCUUGGCCUCCGUGUUUCUCCAUUUCACAGGAGAAUGGGAAUUGCUUUGAAGCUAGUGCAAGCAAUUGAGAAAUGGUUCAGUGACAAUGGAGCUGAGUACUCCUACAUGGCAACUGAAAACGACAACGAAGCGUCUGUUAAGCUUUUCACUGAGAAAUGUGGUUACUCAAAGUUCCGUACUCCUUCCAUACUAGUGAACCCGGUCUUUGCUCACCGAGUUAGUACUAACUCGUCCCGGGUCACCAUCAUCCCACUCGCUCCGGCCGACGCGGAGUCACUCUACCGGAGCCGCUUCGCCACCACCGAGUUCUUCCCCAGAGACAUUGACUCUGUCCUCAACAACAAACUCACCCUUGGCACGUUCCUCGCCGUGCCAAAGGACUGCCGGUACAGCCAUGAUACGUGGCAGGGCGCGGAGGAGUUUCUGUUGGACCCGCCGGGCUCGUGGGCUGUGGUGAGUGUGUGGAACAGUAAAGACAUGUACACACUCGAGGUGAAAGGCGCGUCGAGGGUGAACCGGGCUUUGGCGAAAGCCACCCGGUUGGUGGACCGGGCUUUGCCGUGGCUGAAACUGCCUUCAUUCCCGAACUUGUUCGAGCCGUUUGGGUUUCAAUUGAUGUACGGGCUUGGAGGGUUUGGCCCGGAUGCGGUGACAAUGGUGAGGGCUCUCUGUGGCCUAACACACAACCUUGCUAAAGAACAGGGUUGCCGUGUUGUGGCCACAGAGGUCUCGAGCACCGAACCACUACGAUUCGGUGUCCCGCAUUGGAAGAUGCUAUCAUGCGAGGAGGAUCUGUGGUGCAUAAAAAGGCUUGGGGAGGAUUAUAGUGAUGGUGCUGUUGGUGAUUGGACCAAAUCUCCACCUGGAUUUUCCAUUUUUGUUGACCCUAGAGAGUUUUAAAUGCUAACUUUAAAUUAGUCUUUGGAAAACUAAUUGAAAAAAAAAUGGAUUAGUUUAGUUUUGAUUUUAGACACUUUUAAAGAGGGAGAUGUCAAAUGUGAAAUUUGGAUUGUAAAGGAAGAAGGAAUAUCCACUCUUUUUUUGGGUAGUUAAUUGUGUAUAUGGUGAAAUGGAUUUGCUUUUUGGAUCCCUUUCUAGCCACACGGAGGCUUCUUUUC